GGGUAAAAUGUGGAAGAAAGGCAAUCCUUAACGUCUGGUUGUUAUUCAAUUGUGUUUGUCCCUCCCAAAUCUCUACACUGAAAGCUCAUUUCUUCAUUAAAAGCCAAACUCCAUUUCACAAACUCCGAUAACAGUGCGCUAUCAUCUCGAUACUGACUAAUCGAUCAUCUCUGAUGUCAAUUUUUCAAUUGAGAUUAUAUGUUCCAGAUACCCUUUCGUGGCCUCCUUCCUCUGUGGUGGAUUAUAUGCAUUGCCAACCAAACACAUUGCUGUCAAACUACCAUCAAUUUGUUGUGAAAAAAGUGUUUCCCUCAGAUUCCUGUAGAUGUUCCUUGAGCUUUCAACCUGUUAGAGCCUUGCAAACUUCCAUGGGUGCAGGGGAAAGAUUCAUGUCUUGCAACAGCUGUUGGUCAAAAGAUAGUAUAAAGUCGAAACAGAUUCGAAGUUUGGGUGAGGAGGCUCAGGUAUAUGUUUGCCGUAGCUCUCAGGAAUACUCCAAUGAUGAAGACUUCAAGGAAAGAGCAAAGGAGGAGGAAGAUAGGGCUGGCGAAUAAAGGGAGGGUGCCAUGGAACAAAGGCCGAAAACAUAGUGCUGAGACACAAUUACGAAUCAAGCAACGAACGAUAGAAGCCUUGAAUGAUCCCAAGAUGAUGUCAUAUAAGACUGAAGCAGUUUUGGGAUGUUUUUAUUUUUCACAUGGAUACUCUUGAAAUAGGGGUUAGGAAGAAUAUGUCUGAACAUCCCCGAACUCAUAGUGAGGAAAGCAAGGCAAGAAUUGGUUCCUCAGUUAGGCAUGCUUGGGGCAAGCCUUUGAAAUGGAAACAAUUAGGGGAGAGAUUCUUUCUAUCAUGGAUGAAAAGUAUAACUGAAGCUGCUAGGAAAGGAGGGAGUGAUCAGGCUGAGCUAGAAUGGGAUAGCUACGACAAGAUAAAACAAGAAAUAGCUCAUGAACAACUUCAGUGGGAUACAGAGAAGGCCAAGGGAAAGGAGAUAGCAAAGGUAAGAGCGGAAAAAGCAAGAGCAGAAAGGAUGGCAAGGAUUGCUGAAAAGAGAAAAGAGCGAAAAGAGAAAAGAGCAGGAAAAGAGAGAAAUCAAGAGAAUUGAAGAGAAAGAAG